CACUUUUGUUUACGGUGGAACAGAUACUUCAACUUCCUCAAAGCCAGAAGCAGCCUUCGAAAUAAGCGGAUUCAGCGAAAGCAAGAACCAUUAAAAUCGAUCAAGGAAAAGUGUCCUGAAAGAUUGAAGAAAAUUAUAUUGGUAUCUGGCGAUACCAUGUUCGAGGACCUUGGUUUAUCGACUGCGGAUAAGGAAAGAAUAUUGCGAGAAGUUUCAGUCGUUUUCAAUGCGGCAGCAAAUGUUAAGUUCGAUCUGACGCUAAAAGAGGCGGUAAAUAUAAAUACCGUGGGGAUUAUAAACGUUCUGAACUUCGUUAAACAGCUGCCACAUUUAGUGUCGUUCAUUCACAUCUCGACUGCGUACAGUCAUUUGAAAAAUUCGGUGCUCGAGGAGAAAGGCUACCCGAGCCCGAUUAGUCCCGAAACCAUGAUAGAAAACGUAAAGAACAUGUCGGAAGAAGCUCUCGAAGAAAUGAAACCGAAGAUAUUACAGGGUUUACCGAAUACUUAUACGUUAAGCAAGGCGCUAAGCGAAGACCUGGUACGAAGAUCGGGACUACCUGCAGGCAUAGCUAGGCCCUCGAUAGUGAUCGCAUCGUGGAAAGAACCAGCUCCCGGUUGGGUGGACAACGUGAACGGACCAACGGGUUUAAUGGUGGGUGCCGGCAAAGGUGUACUUCGAAGUAUGCUGUGCAAUGGAGAUUACGUACUAAAUGUGAUACCUUGUGAUAUGGCGAUAAACGCGAUAAUCGUUUUCGCGUGGAAAAUUGGAAGAGAAAAGCCAACGGAACCGGUAUUCAUGAACGUUACUAAUGCACUUGAGAAUCCAAUCUCGUGGCGUUUCGCUGUGGAUGUUGGGAAAAAAUACGCGAUAGAGUAUCCCUUCACAGGAAUUCUUUGGUAUCCAGGUGGAAGUCUGACAACGUCAAAAGUCUAUCACUAUAUUCGAAUAAUUUUGUUCCAAUAUCUACCUGCAUUUCUGAUCGACGGUUUAAUGGUUCUAAGUGGGAACAAACCGUUUUUAGUGAAUAUACAACAUAAAGUUAAUAAUGGUGUUAAAAUAGUCAAAUACUAUACCACUAAAGAAUGGGUGUUUAGACAAGAUCGUAUGAAAGCACUGGAACUCGAGUUGAACCCCUCCGACAGAGAAGAGUUCUUCAUGGACACAACUGUGAUCAAUUGGGACACUUAUAUGCUUCAAUACAUUCUAGGUACAAGAAAAUAUUGUUUAAAAGACGAUCCAUCGACUUUGCCUCGUGCACGCAAAGUUAUGGGAUACCUCUACUACGCCGAUUGGAUCCUUAAGAUCGGCCUAAUUACGCUAUUCAUUUGGUUCGCUUAUUCGUGGAUAAAUUCGAAUAGGAUAAUCACUACGACAGCGUUCGAAGUGAACGAAAUUUAGGUAUAUCUUUGAAGCAGGCUUGGAUAUUGUUUAGAUACAAUACGAUUGCGUUUCAAUUUAUUUAUAUUUUCACGCAAUAUAGCUGAUCUGUUAUUUACGUACUGGAUAUACAGAGUGAUUUUAUGUGUAUUUAUAUUCUGGAUUAUCUGCAAUUCUAUUCUGGAAUAUUCUUACUCGAAAAAAAUGCCUGAAACUUGAUCCGUUUCGAGAAACAAGUUAAUGCAAUUAAUUUAUAUAUUAUUAAUUUGUAAUUUGUAAAAUAAAGAAGUUAUACAUA